CUGGUUGCCUUCCCAAAAUGCCUUUCUCUUCCUCUUCAUGGAACGGAAAUUGUGGUCCUCGGUCACAUGGUUACAAGUAUUCGCUUCCCGGACGGAGUUGUAGCCAUGUCAUUCGCUCGAAAUAGUUGACCCUGUUUGCUCAGAAAUUGGAAGAAAUUAUAGUUAUGGCCCCUCAAGGCAUUGGGAAUCUUCAUUUUCUACCUGUUGUCCUUGGUUGCUUUGCAAUCAUUGCUUUCUUCACUGCCUAUGGCAUGUCUGUAAAGAGAGGGGAUGUCAGAGCUGUUUGGCCAUAUAUAAGCGAUGCAGGGUCUCGUGCACCUGAGAGUUGCAUCUUUGGACAGUUUCUCAAUAUGGCUGCAGUGAUUGCAUUUGUAGUAAUGUAUAUCCACUACAGACAUGUAAGAGAAUCCAAUGUCACAGACAUGCCGAUAAUCUCGAAUCUUAACUAUUGGUCCUUGUGGAUAGCAGCCUUUACAUGCUUGGGUCUCUCCAUGGUUGCAAAUUUUCAAGAGACAAAUUCUUUGCCAACACAUUUGACAGGCGCUAUCAUGGUGUUUGGUUUAGGGACACUGUACUGCUGGAUGCAGGCCUUUAUUUCCCAUUUAAUGCGAAAUCAGGCAACAAGCUCUGCCCUUAGCUCUUGCACCAGAUUUAUUCUUUCAGCUCUCAUAUCUGUGUUCUUUAUCAUCACACUAGCGGCUGGAGGUGCCGCCUCAGUAGCAUACAAAGAACAGCAUAAGAACAUGAGUGACAUGGCUGCUGAACUCAAGUGGAACAAAACAGAUGAUGGAUACAAUGCCCAUCUGGCGAGUACUUUCAGUGAAUGGUUGAUGAGCAUAUGUUUCCUUCUCUACUUUCUGACAUACUUCCGAGAGUUUCAAAAGAUAAUUGUCAUCAUUCAAGUACAACCGAAGAAUGCAGAGAUCUUUUCCUCUGGCCAAAGUCAUCAUGAUGAAGCAAGAAUAGUUGUUUAAAGUCACAAAAUGAUGUCUCUUACCAGGUUUUACUAAGUGGAUGUAUGAUUUUUAGGUCUGAUUAUCUAUGUUUAUAUCAGGAAGAAGAAUUUAUAGCAGCAGUAGACCAUGGGAAGCCUUCCUGUACAAACAGUUCAGUGCUUCUGCUGCAUUAGUGGUGGUUUACUUUUUUUUUGGUUUUGGAGCAUUUACAAGUUGUUAACCCUUAACCCUUUAACUCCCAAAAGUGAUUAACAUGUUACUUCUCCCUAUAAUAUCCAUACAUUAUCCAGCAAGCAGGUAAUGAGAA